AAAAGUUGGACUAACAAACUAUUGUCUCUUGAACAAUCAUGAUUCUAUUUCUAACUGCUCUGCUCAUCAGUGGCUAUUGUGAUGCUCUCACUUGUAAUCAAACUGGUAAGCUUAAGCAGACAUUUGAAGACUUAUUUUCAUGUUAUAUUUCAACCGAUUAGCCCUUCCUACACUGUAUCGAGGUCUGUGGUUAGAUGGUGAUCCAAUUGCAUACAACGAUGUUCUGAUCACCUAUCCAUCAAAUUGUACACAGCCUAACAUUCUUGCUAGAUUCACUGUCUGUGAUUACAGUGUUGUACUGGGUGAUGGAGCAAUCAUUCCAUCUCCUCCUGAUCUCAAUAGCUCGAGUUAUUUCAGACACUUCAUUACUUGGAACAGAGACUCAUUGAAUAGUUUUAUUGACUUUGACCUCACUACAGCAACGGCUGGGAUUACUGCUAUAGAGCUCAGUUUCUUUAACAGUCCCGCCAACAGAAUCAGUUUGCCUGAUAUUACAAUAUCAGUAGUUCAUUUUGGAACUGUAUCGCCCAUUGCAAGCUGGAUAUUUGAUAAUGAACAUCUUGAUCAGACAGACAACCAAAUCAGAACUAUUAGCAUUCGGCCAUUCAGAUCACUUAGUGCUGUGAACCUCAGAAUUAGGUUCCAAUUUACAGUGUUUCAUGAUUUUGAUUGGGUCUUUCUAAGUGAAGUACGCUUUUGUACAGACCUUCAACUAAACUUACAACCAGAAGUAAUAUUUCAAAUGCCACCAUCAAACAAUAUCCAGCCAGAUGCAGAGGACCUGAGAAGAGGAUCAACAGAGUUAGUGUGCACUGUUUCUAGUGAAGGAUCGUACACAUGGCAGUGGAAGAAAGAUAAUGUUAUAAUAGUGAAUAAAGAGGACUACAGAAUCACCAUUGGAGAUGGAAGUAGAACAACUAAGCUGACAAUCAAUAAUCUAGACUUUAGUGAUGCUGCUAAAUAUGAAUGUACGGGAAUGACAAGACGAGAUGCAAAUGUCAUGAACUCAGCAGUGUAUGUACUGGAAUUUCCAGGUACCUAAACAUCUUACCAGGAGUACAUUAAGUACUCCUGCUCUUACUUAUAUACAUACUGUUUGUUGCUGUCUUCCUUUUUUUAGAGCGUGUCAUUACUACACCUGAUGUCAGUGGAUAUCUACAGACUGGAGAGGUUACCCUGACCUGUGAGCUCCAUGGUUACCAGUCAUCACUCUCUCCUCCUGUGUGGAUAUAAACACAAAUGGCAGUGAAACAAAUGACUCUGCCAAAUACACUGUGUCCGUGUGUGAAGGAAACAACACCAUGAUUCUACAGAAUGGCACUGUCGUCCCUAGUAUCAUUUUCAACAUCAUAAUUCACAACCUUUCAUUAGCUGAUGGAGGUACCUACACGUGUCGUGGUGUCAGAGGAGAGAGUGUCACUCAACUCACAAUAUUGGAAGGGACUGAUCCAAACAUGGUAUCGCAAACAUGCAUUUCUACGUCUAUAGAGGGUAUCACUCCCACUCCAUCUCCUGGCAACGAAACUACCACUCGUGUCCCUGUAAUGGAUGAAACCAUUGUCAUCAUAGCAGCUGCAGUAGGGAGUGUUAUUAUAGUACUCACAAUACUUAUCCUCAUAAUCUUCAUCGUUUACCUACUGAGGAAGAUCAACAAGAUGAAAAUACGUUCGACUGAAGCUUUACAAGUACCUAAUUCUCUCUCCAUGCAAGAAAGGGAAGACACCUCAAUUUCUGUGCAGGAUGUGACAUAUGAAGAGAUUACCGAAAAAAAUGACAAGUUAUUGACAAAGAACGAAGCCUAUGUGUGUGUAUCGACUCCUCUAGAAAAUAUAAAUUAAAAUUUCACUGAGCAGACCUUUAACACUAUCCUGUGUUGUUUGAAUACCAUUUACCUGAUACUUUAAUUUUCUCUAUCUGUAAAAACAUUUUGUGUGUUA